AUGGGGAGUGAGGAUAUGCAUGAGGAGAAGAUCUUACCACUCCUCUCCCCUACCCUCAUUAUCCUUGAGCUCUAUGGCGGCUACUAUACUUCGAAGUUUCUGGAUGAGAUCCAGAUACGCUCGCCUGGUCUCAAGUUCUUCUUGGUGGACAAUUCCCUGGAGGACAGUAUCACGGCGGAUGCAGUCAUGAAUUUCCUGGAUCAUAUGCCUUCUAUUGUUCAUCUCGAGUUACUGCUGGGCUGGCCUUUUCUGCGAAACAAGACCUUUCUAAGGCAUAUGAUGCUUAAUCCACGGCUUGAGGUACUCGUUCUUGGCAAUAAGAAUGAAAUAUCCCACACCAUGUGCAGAGAAGCUCUGAUCGAAUGCGGUGAUAACCCGAUAUUUCCAGCAUUGCGGUACCUCGGCGUUUAUAUUGAGGACAAGGCUUUGCGGCCUUUGCUUCCCUUCCUCAGCAAUGUGCAAGGUUUACGACUCGAUGUCAGCGAUUGCGGACCCAUACAGACGCAGAAGCCGUAUAUAAUGGGCUUGCUUUCCGCAUGCCCACAUCUCGAAGACCUUGAAUUUGGGACUCGCCAUUCCAGUACUAUCUCCUCGGCAGCCUUUUUGGAACUCGCGUCCGGUUGCCCACUGCUCCGAAGGCUAGAGAUCGGAGACACAUGCGACUGUGAACCUGAUUUCAAUGAUGCUUUGAUCGAGAAACUUUCCUCCCGAUGGAAAAACCUAGCCGUUCUCUCUCUCCCUUUCCAGGCAACGCUGACCCGCAGGUCCCUGGCCCAUUUGGCACGUAACUGCCCUGGGCUCAUCGAGCUGCGGGUUAUGGAUGACGUUCUGGAAAUGGAAGAGAAGGAGCCGGUUGAUAUGGUACCUGUACCAAACUUGAAGAUUCUUGAAAUGGGGCAAUUGAACCUCAACUUGAACUCCGAGUCCGAAGCAGCAACAGCGUCCAAGAAUACCAUUGCGGUGCUGGAUAAGUGGUUUCCCGCUUUGCAAUCGUUCUUUCACAACUAUCCUACUAUCAGUAGAAAGUACCAUAUGUUCAAUCGUCUGGUCGCAGAGCAUUUGAUGCAGACCAGACCCAUCCAGCCUUUGCCACCUGCAUAUCCAGCUACGUCUGUAGCGCAUGAGCUGCACCGAAAACUCCUUGCGCCUAAUUCUGCUGGCAGGUUUAGCUCUGCUUUUUGA